AUGACUCUCACCGUGCUCACCGACAGCCAGAUCCAGGAGCUCCUCAAGAACCUGACGCGCUCCGAGCUAGAAGGCUUCCAGAAAAACUUAGAAUCGGCUCUCCACGAGUACUCCAAAGCCCGCCAUGCAGGCCCCAAAGCAGCAACCGCGAUCCAGCAGCCCGAGAGAGUCUCCAUCUACAACCCCGUAACAGGAGCCACAACGCUAUUCAUGCCAUCUUCCAGUGAGACGGGAAAUGCUGUCAAGGUCAUAACCCUCUCCUCUCCAGGCCCCUCAUUCCCCCAUAAAAACAACAGCCCAAAACCCACAAUCCGCCCAACAGGCGCAGUAACCUUCUUCCGCCCCGACGGCUCCCCUUUAGGCCUCCUCCAUGCCAGCGCCCUAACUGCCUUCCGCACGGCGCUUGCCUCACUCUCGGUUAUCACCCACCGCCCUGUCUCCCCAACCCAUGGCUCUGAAACGCUUGUUGUGUUUGGAUGUGGCGAGCAGGCUUAUUGGCAUGUGCGUCUGACGCUGGUGACGAGAGGGAAGGCAGUAGGGAGGGUUAUUUUCGUGGCUAGGAGGAGGAGUGGGGCUGUGGAAGAGGUGGUAAGGAGGUAUCAGGGGGAGGGUAGGUGGGUGGGGUGUAGCUUUGAGGUGGUUUCUGCUGAAGAUGACGAUUAUGAGAGAAGAUUGGAGAAGGUGUUGAGAGCAGCGGAUGUGAUUUUCUGUUGUACGCCUUCCACAAAGGAGUUAUUUGAUGCGGGGAUGCUGGAUGAGACGAAGAGGCGGUUGGUUGUGGCGAUUGGGAGUUAUAAGCCCGAGAUGAGGGAGAUCCCGGGGGAGCUGGUAAGGAGAGCGCUAGUUGAUGAUGGGGAGAGUCAUGCCGGGGUUGUGGUGGUUGAUACUGUUGAGGGGGCGAUUAUGGAGGCAGGUGAGUUGAUUGCUGCUGGGGUAAAAGAGGAGCAGCUUGUUGAGUUGGGUGAAAUCGUGCACCCCAAUAGUGUUGGGGUCCUGCAGGAUCCAAGAGACCGCAAACAGGAUUUAAGGCAAUGGCUCCAAGCUGGCAAUGUUAUUUACAAGAGUGUUGGGUUCGGUCUUAUGGACCUGACAGUCGGGACAUAUCUUAUACAGCUUGCAAACGAAAAGGGGGUUGGAACACGUAUCGAGGGGUUCUAG